GGCCCUCCCACUCGCGCCGGGCGCCGGAAGCAAAGCGGAAGUGGACGUGCACCCGCUUCCGGGCCCGGGCGCCAUUUCUAGCGGCUGCAGGUUCUCACGAGUUGCGGUCGGCUGGGACCAUGAGCUACGAUUACCACCAGAGCUGGGGCCGGGAUGGCGGGCCCCGCAGCUCCGGCGGCGGCUACGGAGGAGGCCACGGAGGGAGCCGAGGCCCCGGCGGCGGCGGAGGCGGCGGCGGCGGCGGUCGAGGCGGCCGAGGCCGACACCCCGGGCACCUGAAGGGCCGCGAGAUCGGCCUGUGGUACGCGAAGAAGCAGGGUCAGAAGAACAAGGAAGCGGAGAGGCAGGAGAGAGCUGUUGUACACAUGGAUGAACGUCGAGAAGAACAGAUUGUGCAGCUGCUACAUUCAGUCCAAGCUAAGAAUGAUAAAGAUUCAGAAGCACAGAUCUCUUGGUUUGCUCCCGAAGAUCAUGGAUAUGGUACUGAAAUUCCUGCAGAGAACAAACCAAACUCAGAGAAGAAGCUGGAGAACCAGGAAAAGAAAUUGAUAAGUCAAGAAAAGAGAACAUUUAGAAUCAGGGACAAAUAUAUUGACCGAGAUUCUGAGUAUCUCUUGCAAGAAAAUGAACCAGAUGUAGCCUUAGACCAACAACUAUUGGAAGACUUACGAAAGAAAAAAAGUGACCUUCGGUAUAUAGAAAUGCAGCAUUUCAGGGAAAAGCUGCCUUCAUAUGGAAUGCAAAAGGAAUUGGUAAAUAUGAUUGAUAACCAUCAAGUGACCGUAAUAAGUGGUGAAACUGGUUGUGGAAAAACUACUCAAGUUACUCAGUUCAUUUUGGAUGACUACAUUGAAAGAGGAAAAGGAUCUGCAUGCAGGAUAGUUUGCACCCAGCCAAGAAGAAUUAGUGCCAUUUCAGUUGCAGAAAGAGUGGCUGCAGAAAGGGCGGAAUCGUGUGGCAAUGGUAACAGUACUGGAUACCAGAUUCGUCUACAAAGCCGGUUGCCAAGGAAGCAGGGUUCUAUCUUAUACUGUACAACAGGAAUCAUCCUACAGUGGCUCCAGUCAGACUCGCAUUUGUCCAGUGUUAGUCAUAUUGUGCUUGAUGAAAUUCAUGAGAGAAAUCUGCAAUCAGAUGUUUUAAUGACUGUUAUUAAAGAUCUUCUCAAUUUUCGACCUGACCUGAAAGUAAUAUUGAUGAGUGCAACUUUGAAUGCUGAGAAAUUUUCAGAAUAUUUUGGUAACUGUCCAAUGAUACACAUACCUGGUUUUACCUUUCCGGUUGUGGAGUAUCUUUUGGAAGAUAUAAUUGAAAAAAUAAGAUAUGUUCCAGAACAAAAAGAACAAAGGUCUCAAUUUAAGAGAGGUUUCAUGCAAGGGCAUGUAAAUAGACAAGAAAAAGAAGAAAAAGAAGCAAUCUAUAAAGAACGCUGGCCAGAUUAUGUAAGGGAACUGCGAAAAAGAUAUUCUGCAAGUACUGUAGAUGUUAUGGAAAUGAUAGAUGAUGAUAAAGUUGAUCUGAAUUUGAUUGCUGCCCUUAUCCGACACAUUGUUUUGGAAGAAGAGGAUGGUGCAAUAUUGGUCUUUCUACCAGGCUGGGACAAUAUCAGCACUUUACAUGAUCUCUUGAUGUCACAAGUGAUGUUUAAAUCAGACAGGUUUCUUAUUAUACCUCUACAUUCACUGAUGCCUACAGUUAACCAGACACAGGUAUUUAAAAAAACUCCUCCUGGUGUUCGGAAAAUAGUAAUUGCUACUAAUAUUGCAGAGACUAGCAUUACCAUAGAUGAUGUAGUUUAUGUGAUAGAUGGAGGAAAAAUAAAAGAAACACACUUUGACACACAAAACAACAUCAGUACAAUGUCUGCUGAGUGGGUUAGUAAAGCUAAUGCCAAACAAAGGAAAGGUCGAGCUGGAAGAGUUCAACCUGGUCAUUGCUAUCAUCUGUAUAAUGGGCUUCGAGCAAGCCUUCUGGAUGACUAUCAACUGCCAGAAAUUUUGAGAACUCCUUUAGAAGAACUUUGUUUACAAAUAAAGAUUUUAAGGCUAGGUGGAAUUGCUUAUUUUCUGAGUAGGUUAAUGGAUCCACCAUCAGAUGAAGCAGUGUCACUGUCCAUAAAACACUUGAUGGAACUGAAUGCCUUGGAUAAACAAGAAGAAUUAACACCCCUUGGAGUCCACUUAGCACGAUUACCAGUUGAGCCACACAUUGGAAAAAUGAUUCUUUUUGGAGCUCUAUUCUGUUGUUUAGACCCAGUACUCACCAUUGCUGCUAGUCUCAGCUUCAAAGAUCCCUUUGUCAUUCCGUUGGGCAAAGAAAAGAUUGCUGAUGCAAGAAGAAAAGAACUGGCAAAAGACACCAAAAGUGACCACCUGACAGUUGUAAAUGCAUUUGAGGGCUGGGAAGAAGCUAGGCGACGUGGUUUCAGAUACGAAAAAGACUAUUGCUGGGAAUAUUUUUUGUCUUCAAAUACAUUGCAGAUGCUGCAUAACAUGAAAGGACAGUUUGCUGAGCAUCUUCUUGGAGCUGGAUUUGUAAGCAGUAGAAAUCCUAAAGAUCCGAAAUCUAAUAUAAAUUCAGAUAAUGAGAAGAUAAUUAAAGCGGUCAUCUGUGCUGGUUUAUAUCCCAAAGUUGCUAAAAUCCGACUAAACUUGGGUAAAAAAAGAAAAAUGGUCAAGGUUUACACAAAAACUGAUGGACUAGUUGCUAUUCAUCCUAAAUCUGUUAAUGUGGAGCAAACAGAAUUUCACUACAACUGGCUUAUCUAUCAUCUGAAGAUGAGAACAAGUAGUAUAUACUUGUAUGACUGCACAGAGGUUUCUCCAUACUGUCUCUUGUUCUUUGGAGGUGAUAUUUCCAUCCAGAAGGAUAACGAUCAAGAAACUAUUGCUGUAGAUGAAUGGAUUGUCUUUCAGUCUCCAGCAAGAAUUGCCCAUCUUGUUAAGGAAUUAAGAAAGGAGCUAGAUACCCUUCUGCAAGAGAAGAUCGAAAGUCCGCAUCCUGUAGAUUGGAAGGACACUAAAUCCAGAGACUGUGCAGUACUGUCAGCUAUUAUAGACUUGAUCAAAACACAGGAAAAAGCAAGUCCCAGGAACUUACCACCACGAAUCCAGGAUGGAUAUUACAGCUGACGACUUUUCUGUGGUGGUCUGACAAUUUGACAGCCAUUUUCUAUCAUAGUUUAAUUUGGGGCUAGAUGCCAAACCAUGGGACAUGAAUAAUUUCCAUAUGUAAGGUAGAAACCUUCAGUAAGUAGUAAAGACGUAAUGUGCAUGAUUUAACAAUGUUAUCUGUAGCUAUCAUAAAUAUACCAUAAAAAGCAAUAUGUUCUCUGAUCAUAUAUUCUGUUGUGGCCAUGUCCACAGUUUGGGAGGACUGCUCUUACAUCUAUUGAAUGUUGUACCACUGGAGAAAUUCCUUUGUUCUGAGAAGUUAAUCUUUCUGCCCACAGUGACUGAGUAUAGAAACCAGUAAAAAGAGAAUGGUUAGGCGCAAAAGGCAGUGUCAAGUUAAAAAUUUGAACACAGCCACAUUUUUAAAUGAAACUUCUAUCAGAAGUAAAUUAAUUUGUUGUAAUAAAGCCCAGUAUUUAAUAAAAUGUACAGUGUAUAAAUGUCAGCUAACUUUUUGGCUUGGUUUCUACAUCACUAUCCUUUGGCUUAUUUGAUUUUUUAAAAUCUUUUUAGAAUAUAUUUGUACCCCUUUUGCAUUUCCCUGUGCAGCAUAAUGUAGCAGUUGAAAAAAAUGAGGCCAGACUUGACCACCUAAGUUCAGAUUUCAGCUAUGACUUAACAACUCCCAUGGGCAAGUUACUCAGCGUCUCUGUUUUCUUUAUCUGUAAAAUAUAGGUAACAAUUGUGAGGAUUAAAUAUGUUGAUAGAUGUAAAAUGCGUAGACUAGUGUCUGGCACACAAAGCGUACUCACUAAAUCAUAGUUUUUAUUUGUCGCUGAAUUUUUAUUUUUUUAUAACAAUCCAUUAUAUUCAUUUCCAUGCUCUGUUUUACUCUUCAGACAAUGGAAGUUAGUGUGAUUUUAGGGCCAGUGAGCAAUAGGCUAGUGUUUCAGGCUUAUCAGACUGACAAAUUGUUGGUUGCUAUCCAGUAGCCAUUUGUCUCUCCUCAUUUGCUUGAUUAUUCAAGUGUUCCUCCUCUGUGUAGCCUGGUGCCCAGGGAUAUUGGACUCUACCCCAAGGGUGAAUCAGAUUGUUCUAAGCCAGUCGUGCAUGGGCUUCUCUCCUUACAAGUAACUGUUGAGGCACCAGGAUGUGAACCUGUGUUGUCGAUUGCAACUGACAAGAGCUCUGCAAGAGGACAUCUGAGAAAGAUUUUCUUCACUAGUAGAUUCAGAGGAGCAAGUUUUUCUCCUUUGGACAUUGUCUUCUCUGAGUCUGGCACUGCUGUAGCCACUUUAGGAUUACAGAGGAUAAUGAUGUUGGCUCAGUGGAAAGAUGUAAAUCACCAGGGUCCUUGAUAAUGCUAGUGAGCUGCUGAAUUACGCAGUUCCAAACCUGCUUUGCACAUGGACUUGUUUUGAUACAAUAAACCCUCCUUUAUUGAGUUGGCCACUUUUGGGUAGUGUGUUUUGUUUAACUUGGCAGAAAGCUUAUUAACUGAACAUCAGCUCCAUCAUUGAGUGUUUGCUGAGACCUGUUUCUACCAUUUCUUUUGUGAUCUAACGUUUUGACUCACAUGUCUGACAAAAGGUGUAAAAGUAGUCCUGAACGUACUGCAAAAAGAAAUGUAGGAAGAGAACAUCCUGCUGCAUCCUUAAAAAUACAGAUUUUCUUGUGCCUUCCAACAAUGCAAAGAAACCAAAGGAAGAGUGUCAAACUGACUGGGAUUUAUUGAUGAUGCUAUGAUGAUCUUAUGUAACAGCACUGGUUCAGGUACUGCUCCCACUUCUGGGAAUGUAUGUCAACCUAUCCUUGCCUUCUAAAGGUUUUGAAUGUACUGUGUGUCCUAAGUCCAUUCUCUUAGCUAGUCUCCCAAAAGUGAUCUCUUACUGAAUUCUUGAAUCAAGUCAUAUCACGAUAUUGUGGUUUUGUCCCUAAACUCAAGGUGAUCAUUAGGUCCUGCUUGCUCUGUAAGUAUGUGUCUGUUUGUGUGUUUUCUUCCCUUUACUCUCCAGUUUAAAUUCACAGUGGGCCAGACUGUUCUUAGAAGAUAGCCUUUAAGGAAACUUAAAAAAAAAAAAAAAAAAAAUGGGGGGGGGGAUUAUUAGUUAAUUGGUUCUAUGUUCCCAAACCAGUAUUUAACCUCCAGAAGAAUGAGGAAAAUGUUCCUGAAGAAUUGUUUAAAGGAACUCCUGAGAGCGAUUAAAGCAGUCCCUGUCACCCCCAGUUUCUGUCUUCUGUAUAGCCGAUCCGGAUGGAAAUCUUGAUUCAAGGUGCUAUUUGUGUUGUUUCUUUUGUUUACAAAAUAGUGUAUUACUGAGUGGAGAAUUUAUUCCUAGUCUAAGAACUAUUUGUUAUUUAGUAGUAGUUAUUUAAGACGUUAAAAAGAAAAAUAUAUUUGCCUCAUUUUCUUUGUGAUACCUAGAACAAUUCUUAAACCCUGAAGUAGAAACUUAGAGGGGGGAAGAGCAAAGAAACGACCAAGUAGUCUUUCAAAAAUGUCUUUGCAAAGUGAGUACAUAUAAUGCCUCCUAAUUCAUUAACUUGGGCAAAGCUCCCGAUACAUUUAUACCUAUUACAACAAGUAAUUUUCUGUUCUGACUGCAGUUUUAAAACAGAGUCUAUCCUAAAAGGUAGAAAGUAUUGAGAAGCUUUAGAGGGAAUUUAUUUUACCCCCUCACCAAAGUAAAUCGUACAUUUCCUUUCCACUCUUCUAGCUGAGUUUGUGUAUAUUUAUUUUUAAGUAAUUAAUGAUCAUGUGGUAUAAUUAUAUAAUAUACUAAUUGUUUUUAAAUGACAUUUUUAUUCUGAUUUUAAAAUAACCCCCUUAUUGUAGAAUACUUGGGAAUUGAACAAAGCAUGUUGCCACUGUUACAUUUUGAUGUAUUUCCAUGUUUUUUUAAGUUUUAAGAUAUUAUUUGAUAUAUAAUAAAAUUUGCCAAUUUAAGUGUUUAA